AUGACGGAACCAAGCGUUAAUCUGUCUGACAGUCAUGUAAAUGCAAAAUUAAAAAUUUUGGAGGAACAGCAAAAAAUCAUUGAUCGCGUUCCUUUUCGGCACUUGAAAAUCGAUGACGCCAGUUGUCUUGAUACCAUUAACAAGCGAGAAAUUUGUGAAAAAUGUUACAAAUCACGAAAAUUUUUCUGCUAUACUUGUUACUCCCCGGUGAUUGAUAAACAGUACUUUCCCAGAAUAAAGUUACCGGUUAAAAUAGACGUAAUUAAGCACAAACAAGAAGUUGAUGGUAAAAGCACAGCCAUUCAUGCGGCUAUAAUUGCUCCUGAAGAUGUUAGAAUAUAUACAUAUCCAGAUUUUCCAGAAUUUCCUGAUAAGGAAACAACAGUACUUAUUUUUCCAGGUAAAAAUCCUAUGAAUGUUGAAGAUUUGUUUAUAAAAAACAAAGAUGAAAAUAAAAUACUUAUUAAAAGUACAAAAAAUAAAUUUCCUAUUACAAGAGCAGUAUUUAUUGAUAGCACUUGGCAUCAAACAAAGUCAAUUUAUAAAGACCAAAGGCUAAGAGAUUUACCUUGUGUAAUAUUGAGAUCUAGAAUCUCACAAUUUUGGAGGCACCAGAAAAAAAGUCCAAGAUGGUACUUGGCAACAGUUGAAGCUAUUCAUCAGUUACUAGUAGAAUUACAUGUAAGUUCAUUUGGAAUAGUUGAUAAUUAUGCAGAUAUUGAAGAUUUGAUAUCAACAAAAGACGUGAAAAGUAAUGUUACAGAAGAAUAUUUAUGUCAACCUUAUAAUGGGCAAUACGACAACUUGUUAUUUUUUUUUAAAUACAUGUAUGAAAAAAUCCACGAAAUUUAUGAUCAUGACAAAUUGUGGGCUUACAAAAGACCUUUGCUGUGA